GCCUUUGAAAACAGACGGGUCUCAGCCUCCCUACGCAUCCCUACGUCCCAAGCUGCAGAAGCAUAUUAGAUGGCCUGUCUUGCUCCUCCCCAGUAUACUCGCCAUCGCGCUUCCUCAACAAACGUUUGUCCGCCUCUUACCCUCAGCAGCUUGGGACGCCGCAGGUCAAAUUCCUUGUUGGACUUGCCUCCUCCGACGGGCUCGCCUUCUCACACUCCUCCAAGAGUCCAGAGUCCAGCUACGGACAGGAAUGUCCCUGCCCUCUCUCUCUCUAUCCCUGCACCAUUAGCCAAGUCUACGUCAGACUCCAUGCUCUCCAUACUGCUGUCCCGUUGCUUGGAUUUACUUCAUAUGUCACACAAGGACGUCACCGCCCUUGAUACACCGUCCUCACCGCGACUCAGUAGUCGGACAAGCACCAGCUCUGAUGAUACCCUACUUCCAGUCUCGUCGCCCAUUCGAGCCUCGUUUGCAGAUGCAUUCCCCAAAAAACCCAUUGCUGCCCCAUCAAGGCGACAAGGAUCUACUUCUGUGCAUGCUCCAGUCCUCUUUGUAAUCAUUCUCUUCCCACUUUCCGCGGCUUUAGUGUUGUACUGCAUGUCAACGCUGCCCAUCACAGUCUCGUGGCCGAAGAACUUGACCGACCUCGCCCAAUUGGGCAGGGAAUUACAUGGAUAUUCGCAAAGCGGGCCUCUUCCUAUGGCACACGUACUUGCCGUGAUGUCUGUUACCGCCGUAUGGAAGCAUGCCUGGUCAAUACCUGGCAGUGUCAUUUGGAAUGUGCUGGCCGGCGCGCUUUUCUCGCCCGCUUAUGCUACUCUGCUUCUUACCGCCCUCACUACAAUUGGUUCUGUGUUCGCAAGCCUUCUGUCUGCCCCAUUAGCACCGUUCCUCAGCAGCGUGUUUCCCCGCGCGCUUACCAUGACUCGCAAUGCUAUUGAAGGAAACUCGGACUCAGAGAUAACUGAUGCUACUUCGGUAGCGAAAUCCUCACCUUGGGUUCGUCUCUCCAUCCUGCGACUCAUCGGCAUCAUACCCUGGUCAGGCAUCAACAUUGCCUGCGGUGUUUGUGGCGUUUCCGUCAUGGACUGUGUCAAGGGUACCUUCAUCGGGGCCUUACCAUGGACCGCAGUCACUUGCCAAAUUGGAGACAUUUUGCAAUCCGUGGCGUCCAACCCAUCACCGACGCCGAAGUCCGUGCAGUCACUCUUGACUUCCCCGGAUAUCAUCAUGAAACUGGUCUUCCUUACAUUCCUCUCGCUAGCGCCAAUCCUAGGACGCAACUAUUUGCGUCUAUGGAUAUCAUCAUCUGUUGAGGGCGCGCCAAUUUCUCAGGCCGAGACCGGUGAUGAGAAAGCUUCUCGAUGGGCGUGGGUGAAGGAAUGGCGAGGCAGGAUCCAUAUGCCGUCGCGGUCGGGAACUAGGGAGGCCUUGCAAAGGGAGCUCGAGGUCCUAAUUCGAGAAAAGAACGAAAGCCUGCCGCUAUGACCAUAGCGCUCUACCUACUUUUUUUCUCAUGAUCUGGCUCAUGACCACUCUUGUUCUCCUAUCGACUGCUUCGUACACGCUGGCUUUGACCCAGCCCUUGUUGUAUAAUCAAAACCCGUCGCAUUGCUCGCAUCUAUCCCGCUGCACGUUACAUUACACCUCACGCAUGACCUGGACGCUUCCUCACGACCCGCAACAUCGUAUCUAAACGCGAUACCAACGAUCCUAUCUAUUUUCGCAUCUACUCACCGCACUCUGCACUGCCCAUCCUCCACGUCACGAUGCGUCAUGAUACCAUUCACUUUACAUCCCCUUCGAUAUCCUAAUCUUUUGCUGCAUUUUUCAUUUGCAUCCUGCUCUUUUCACUGUUCAUUCAUUUUUGAUUUCGUAUUCGAGUUGCUUCAUCUUUUGGUCUAUUUUGUGUCGUAUUCUCUGUGCAUUUUGUAAUACAAAGAUACGAAGUUCUGCUAGUACGCCCUGUAGACACAGUUCCUUACCUGGUAAGUAAGCACAGGAGUCUUCGGGAGAACAGUGCGUACUUUGUUGGAUGUACUCCCCGCAAGUUGACAGACUAGCACCAUACAUGUAUCGCUAGUGCCAUACUCAUAGCAUACCCCGUCAUAUCACUCGAUACGAGCCCAACGACUGCCGCAAGCACAGAUACAGAUUCAUACAUCCACAG